AAGGACUUAGGUCGAUCUGGAGUCUGAUUUCUCCCUCCUCCUCUCAAUGCCUCGUGCUGGGACACUGGCAGGAUCGAAAAGGGUGUCCUGAGCUGAAUCAGGACUUGGAGCCACAGCCACUACUGUCAUUGUCACCACCGGUUCAGCUCUGAUAUAAACAUUUUACAUUAUGGGAUAUGCAUGUCUAUGUGUACAUGAGUCCCAGUGCCUGUGGAAGCGUGUGGAGGGCAUCAGAUACUCUGGAGCUGGGGUUAUGGGUGAUGGGGCAGCUGUCUGGACCUUUGGUCAGGGCUGGUGAACUGUCUGCCAUCCCACAGUUCAGCCCUCUACCUGUGCCAUCGCAUGGAAGCUAGGAGCCGGGCUCCCAGAAGACAGCUGUGCCCGCCUGGGAUCACUUGGCUGGCCCUGGCCUAUCUGCUCAGCUGCCUGCUUGCCUCCAGCAAGGCCAAAGUCUUCAGUCGCUGUGAGCUGGCCAAAGUCCUGCAUGACUUCGGUCUGGAUGGCUAUCGGGGAUAUAACCUGGCUGACUGGGUUUGCCUUGCUUACUAUACAAGUGGCUUCAACACAGCUGCCGUGGAUCAUGAAGCUGACGGAAGCACUAACAAUGGCAUCUUCCAGAUCAGCAGCAGGAAGUGGUGCAAAAACCUCGCCCCGAAUGGCCCCAAUUUUUGCAGGAUAUAUUGCACUGAUUUGUUGAAAAAUGAUCUCAAAGAUUCUGUUGUCUGUGUCAUGAAGAUAGUUCAAGAGCCCCAGGGUCUGGGCUACUGGGAAGCCUGGAGGCACCACUGCCAGGGCAGGGACCUCAGUGACUGGGUGGAUGGCUGUGACUUCUAGGACCCUCUCUGGAUGGAUCAAGCCACACACAGCUGGCUGGGAAGUGUGGACUUGUUCCUGACCCAGGCUUGGGAAGACAAGCCAAAUAAUAAAAGUCUAAUUUGACAGAA